UGGGCAUCCUGCAGUCUGCCAAAGCUAUUCCGAUCUCCCAGGUGGUGGUAUGUACACCAAUAUAUUCACUGCCUCUCCAGAUCAGACUAUACUUGGAACCUUUACACCUUUUGGACAUGGCAGUAUUUGCCUUCAUAACAGUAACGUCAUAGCAAUGAUGUUUAAUCAGGAAGGAGGCAUGGUGACUAAUAAAGAUGGAGAAAUAGAGAAUGGAGAUGGCCUCAGGUGGGAAAGCUUAGUGAUCCAGUUUUAAUGCAGGUUAAUGACUACAUCACUGUGAGGAUUGCAGGGCGCUUUGCUAUUAGCUUGGUCUACAAGUGGCAACAUGAAAGUGUGCGGUUGUCUUUGUCACCACUACAAGGUGUGGCUCUUCCACAGUUAGAAGAACUGGGCCAGAUACUCACCAGAGUUAAACUUUCAUCCACAUCAGCUAAAGAAUUCUCUAAAGUAAGCAGGAAAAAACUGAGCGAGAAAGAAACAAAGAAGGUUCUAAAGAAAGAACCAAAGUUAUCAGAGUUGGUGAAGACACUUGAAAUUCCAGAGGAGAACAUAAGCCAUAUAAAUGACUUCAGUGCAGCCAGAGAAUUAAGAAAACUACAGCGGAAGAUCAAGACUAUUUUGGAUGACUGGCUGGAACAUUAUCGAAUGGCUUUUGAAAUUGAUUUGCCACACAUUCACAAAAUACCUGGCCUUCCUCAGAGAGCUUUAAGAAAAUGCACAGUGCAGUCUGCAGCUGCUCCCCUGGCUACCUCAAUCGUACAGAGAGCACAAGAGAAGAACAGAGAGGACAGUGGAGCCUACGAGUCAGACAGCUCUCUCUUGCUAGCUCGUUUUCAAUCAGUUCCUGCUCACAAUAUGCAGUGGGAGUUGUCGCCUUAUUCUCCCAGAAUUUCCUCUUUAGUAAACAGCAAUAUCAAACCAGAUCAGCCAAAUGUGCCUCAGUUCAGUUUAAAUAAAUGCACUCCUGUAUUACAGAACUCCUACGUAUCAGGGUAAGGAAAUCUGAGCAGGA